GGCUUGCUCGUUGCUAAAACAAGAGUGAGCGCUUGAUCUAAACUUAGGAAAGUUUGGAUUUGAUUGUGCUCGUCAACAUUCACCAUGGCAGCAUCAGAUGAACGGUACGCAUUUUUAGCCGAAUGGUACGACCCGAGGGCCUCUCUGAUUAGAAAAUACCAACUUCUUUACUAUCCAAGCGAUUCAUCUGUGGAAAUGUAUGACAUAAAAAAUCGUCGCCUCUUCUUGAAACGAUCCAUGAUAGAUGGUCUUCAGGUUCAGCAUCUGUUUAUAGGAGCCAUCGUCAACAUUCAUUCUCGACAGUUGUCAAUAACAGACUAUGCCGAUGAACGCACAUCCAACCUUUUGAGAAACAAGAAUGAAAAAACACUAGCUAUGAUAAAACCAGAUGCUGUUUCGCAGAUGGGGAAUAUAAUUGACAUUAUCCAUGGAGAAGGCUUCCUCAUUUGUCAAGCAAAGAUGGUUAGGUUGACAAGGCAUGAAGCAUCACUGUUCUAUUCAGAGCACAAAGGGAAACCCUUUUUCAACUAUUUAGUGGAAUUCAUGGAAAGUGGUCCUGUAGUUGCCAUGGAGUUGAAAGGUGCUAAUGCAAUUACAAAGUGGCGGACACUUUUAGGACCAACAGACUCAGCAACUGCCAGAAUCCAGGCUCCUCUGUCAAUCAGAGCAAAAUUUGGUACAGACACCACAAAAGAUGCUGCACAUGGUUCAGAUUCACCACUAGCAGCUGAAAGAGAAGCAAAUUUUUUCUUUGGUGACAAAAGCUUCAUUGGAAAAAACACUGCUUCUUUUUCAAACUGCACUCUCUGCAUAAUCAAACCUCAUGCCAUUAUUCAAGGUAACACUGGCAAAAUCAUAUCUGCCAUAACAAGCAAGGGGUUUGAGAUCUCUGCCCUUCAGAUGUUCCAUCUUGAAAGAGCAAAUGCUGAAGAAUUUUAUGAAGUUUACAAAGGUGUUGUAAAUGAAUACCAGAGUAUGGUCGAGGAGCUGUGUUGUGGACCGUGCCUUGCUAUGGAGAUCAGAGCUCCUAAUGCACCAGUAUCAUUCAGAGAAUUCGUCGGUCCUUCCGAUCCAGAAAUCGCUCGCCAUCUACGCCCUGGAACAUUGCGGGCAAUGUUUGGCAAAGACAAGAUAAAGAAUGCUGUCCACUGCACUGAUUUACCAGAAGAUGGACUGAUAGAGGUGGAGUACUUCUUCAAAAUAUUGGAUAACCAGCAGCGGUCUUGAUUGGAAAAUGUUCUCUUAUGAAAAUUCCACCAUUGUACACACAGUUACACUAUCCAUGUCAGUUAACUUAUCACCUACUUCCUUGUUUCAUGUACAGAUAGUUUACGUAAAAUAUUAGAGUGAACAUGUACAUAGUCAAAUAAUAAAAUUUUCUUAAUCAAACUAACUUUUUAGAGUACAUUUUUGGGCAAAUAUUUCACGGUGGAAGUUAUGCUGAUUGAGAUGAGACGAAUGGAAUGAGGUGGAUUUUAAAGUUUGGUAUCUGUGAUGAUAUUAACAUAC